GAAGCGAAAAGCGAGACCUCCAGUGGUUGACCGCAGCAAGACUCCAAGCUCACAGGGUACAUUCACGAUAGAAAACAAACCAGCGUUUUCAUCAGAAUUAUUCAGAUCGGCGUGUACCUAUUCCCUCUAAACUUAAUUUUUGAAAUCUGGUUAUAUUUUCACAAACUGUUCCUGGGGAGUUCGAAUACAUUUGGUUGCGUUUGGGUGCGGUCGGCAAAAAUGGCCGAAGAAGAAGGAGCGACCUGAGAGUUUGUUUCUCACCUGUUUACAAGCGAAGGAACGCCCCUUUUCACAAUUCCUCGCACAAGGAUCGCUGAUGUGAGAAGAGCGACAAGAUGAGCGGACAUAGCUCCGAAACAGCGCCGCUCGGCCGGAAGCGGAAACUCUCCGACUCCCAAGACAAUGCUGUAAUGAGCAAAUGUGUCCAGGAGAAGAAAAGACGGGAGCAGGAGAAGAUGUACAUCGAGGAGCUGGCCGAACUCAUCUCCUCCAACAUGGAGAACCUCAUGACCAUCAAGGCAGACAAGUGUGCCAUUCUACAGGAGGCCGUCAAACAGAUUAAGGCGCUACGGCACCAAGAGGAAUCAGCAGCAAGGGAAGCAGUGCAGCAGUCUGAUGUGUCGUCAAGCGGCCAGUCUCUCCUGCCUAGUAAUGUGCUGGGGAAUUUACUCUUAGAGGCACUGAAUGGGUUCCUGUUCGUAGUGAACAGCCAGGGAAAGCUGGAGUUCAUCUCCAACAAUGUGCAAAACUACCUGAGCUACACACACGAUGAGCUGAUGGGGUCCAGCGUCUACAACAUCAUCCAUGUGGGGGACCACACCCAGUUUGUCAACUGCCUCCUCCCCAUGUCUCUUGGCAAUGGAGUGGGCUGGGCACCGGAUGCCGCGGGAAAGAAGUGUCGUUCGUUCCAGUGUCGCAUGAUGGUCAAACUGGAAGCAGAAGAGGACAUGGAGAAACAUCGCACACAGACACCACAGUACAAGACCAUGCAGUGCUCCGCUGUCUACCACCCACACCCCACCAAGGGAAAGACUGAAGACGGCAAUGAUGUCCCAGAAGCGUGUCUUGUGUGCAUUGCCAGUAAAGUGGCAGAGGCAACAGACGUGGAGACCGUCAUGCCGCUGGAACAGUUCUCCACGCGGCAGGACAUCAACGGGAAAAUCCUCGCCGUGGACACCAGUGGACUCAGCACGUCGGUCCCUCACGGGGAAAUUGUGCGGCGCUGUCUCACUGAGCUCUACAAGGACUGCGAAGCUUGGGUCAUGUCCAAACACCAUAGAGAAGUAAUGGCAUGUGGAACAGCCACAAGUCAGAUUUACAAGUUUCAGCUGCCGGGAGGCAACUGGGUCCACGCCCAGACGAAGAGCAAGUUGUUCCGGAACCCAGAGACGAAGGAGCCUCAGUACAUCAUGUCUAUGUACUCUCUCAUCAGAGACAGCAAUGUUCCCAACGUGCCUGUACAAGGGACCAUGACUGACUGCAUCCUCCAGUCCAUCCUCGGAUCCUCCAGCUACAUCCCGGGCCUGUCCUCCACAUCCCAACCAUCUGUUACCGUGGCAACCAACACCAGCAGCCAAACCAUCACUAACCUGCUCAGUGCUAUGUCGGGUAAAGCUAUGAGUGAAGUUGUUGAAAGCGACAAGCCACCCCAACCUAAACUAAUGCUCGAGAUGCUCAUGAAGUCUCCCAAAUCUUUGGAGCAGUCCAAACCAAUCGCGUCCUGCGCAGAUGACAUCGUCGUUGCCACGGAAACAGUCGAACGGCCCAAACCUACUUGUACAGCAUCCGUCGCGCCCUCGUCCCCACCUGUGUUAGAAAAGGAACCAGAGGAAGUAGAAGAGGAGAAAAAAGAUGAGGAUGAGGAAGAAUCGCCAAGGAGCGUUGAAGUGCCUACGUCAGGUCCGGAAAAGACAACAACAACAUCGACAGAGAGCAGCCCCCCGAAGUCCAGCCCGGCCGGGAGCUCUCUCACGGUGUGGAGCAACCUCUUCAAGGGUCACCUGCCCCUGUCCAGCCAGCAGGAGAUGGUGGUGGGGGUUCUCCACCAGCUCCACUCCCGCAUGCGGAACGUGGACAAACUGAAACAACAUCAGCAGGAAUCCCUCUCCAAGAAGUCGCACGACAUCUCGCGGCACCCCCGCCUGCACAGACUGCUCACGCAGGAGCUCAGUAGACCAGGUUCGUACGCGGACUUGUCGAUGUUUGAGAGCGAGACGGUGUCCAGCUCCUGUGGAGAUAUCCCGAAUGAGGUCUUCACGCGGGAAGAUAGCAUGGAGUCAGAGUCGAGCGACAGCCGAAGCGGGGACGCAACUCUCCUUCACAAGCUGCUAGAAACCAGACCGUCGAUGCAAAGCCAGGACACGGAGAUCCCGAUAACGUCUCUGGCCAGCGGCACAACUACAACCACCACGGUCACGACGCAGUCUGUGUCGAGUAUCGCCAGCCCUGCGGCCACCAUGCCCACCUGGAGUACAGCUCGGUCGGGACAACAAGUUGCUGUCGUACUACCCGAGCAGCGGCAUCCUCAGAUGGAAUGGCAGACGGACAAAGAACACGGAAAGCCUAGUGGGGAGAAGGCAGGCCCGCAUAAGCCUAUGCUCAUGGGAAAGAACUUGGUUAGCUUGUCCGAGGAGCAGAAAAUUUCCGCAGACAGCACAAGCUGCGACAGCAUGUCAAGAAAUGUACCGAAAAUGGGGAAGGCCGAACACGCAAUGGGCAAAAGGCCAGGACUGCAACCAACACCACUGAACAGACAGAACAGUGACAUGUCUGUAGCUUUGAGGCAGCCGAGCUGCUCAAGUGUUAGCCCAACAGGUUCAGUUUCGUCCGCAAAGGGAAUAGAGCUGACAGUUCAGGGCCUAAAUCAAGGCGCUACGACGACUCCAGUUGGUGACGAGGAAUUGACAGAUGCUGCAUUAGAGACCCCAUUGCUUAGACAGCUGCUAAGUACGGACAAACGUGGCGAGAACGACGCCGGGAUGACCCCCGAAGAGAGAGAACGACAACGGAAGGAAGUGCUUCUUGAGAAGAUGCUGCAAGACGACGACUCGCCAAAGACCGGUGGUGCCCCCCACGUUACUGGUCAGCAGGCUACUGUCAGGAUGGCAGACAGCACAAGCACAAACGGAGACCUAGAGAAGAAAGAGAAACAAGAGCAAGUCAAUAAGAUCUUGCAGAACCUCCUCGCUGCUACCGGCAGUGCCCCGCUAGACACCAUGCCAAGCAAUGUAGCCGAUUGGGACGACGAAGCUCUUCUGGAUCUGAUAAAGCAAGAGGGAGACAGCCUGUUGAGCAAUAUACAAGGCGUUGGGGUUGGUGGGAAAGGUAUGACAGACGUCACGUCUAGUCAGGACACCAUGCAGUUCCACACGGCAGGCGGAAACGUUGGACAUGUGUCAAUCAUGCCUUCGUCCUUCCCUCCGGCAGCUCUACCGAUCACUGCCACCGCGGGGACGAACUUUAACAUCGGCAUACUCGGCGCCAACGCUUCCCAAAGACUCAAUUCCGAUCCGUCGAGCCAAGGUUCGAAAGGCAUUGACAACGCGGGAGUUCCGCCGAGUUUGAGCGCUGGAAGCCUACAGAAUAGCGAGCAAGUGAUCGCCGAGUUGGAAAACCUUCUUGGUCUUCAAGGAAACAACAGUCUUCUUGGGACACAGCAAGGUCCCGGAGUGAGCCGUUUUAACCAGAUGGGCAGUUCUGUCAUGGGUUGGUCCGACCCCCCACAGGGUGGGGACCUCGUCGCCCAGCUUGAAAGUGUACUAAAGAGCGACAGUUCUAUUCUAUGUGAAAUUGACCAGCUGCUCGGAAUCGCGCCCACUGCCGGCAAUGUACCGAUGACUCCGGGGACGGAUGGUGGGGAUUUCUCCAUGCUAGAUGGCGGACUGGAUGGUUCGCAGUCCUUUCCUCCAAUGGGGCCAGGUAAUGACAUGGGGGUCGGCCAGUCUGUUUUGGGUCCAGGAAUGGUUGGGCCGGACCAGGAUCCCAGCCAGGUCCCCUUGUCUCCAGUGCGAGGCAUGCCACCCAAGCAAAUGCCAAACAUGGGCAUGCAGCCCAACAGAAGUCUGCCGCAGGGACAGCCCAAGGUGCCCAACACAACCUCCUUCCCUGCUGGUGCCAAUCGACCCAGCAUGCCGCAGCAGCAAGCAAUGGCGAUUGCCAGGAGCCAGAGCAACAGCCGCCCCAUGAUGCCGCACACGCAGCAGCAGCUGUACAACAUGCUGCAGAGGCGGCAGUCCCAGCUGCUGCUGCAGCAGAGACAACUGCAGGCCCGGCUGGCUGCAGCCGGCGGGAACUACCGCCUCACCAACCUUAGCAACGAACAGCGGCUGCAGCUACAGAGGAUCCAGCUACAGAGGAGACAGGCACAGGCACUGGCAGCACAGGCUCAGGCACAGGGAAUGGGGUCCAAUCCGUCAGCAGCUCCACACAUGGCUGGCCGCCCCAACAACCCUCUGAACUUCCCCAGCGGUGGUGGUGGGGUAAACUUUCCCCAGGGGGGUGGGGCUGGCAUGAAUAUGGCCCAGCCUGGCAACACAAUCGGUGUGCAACAGGGAGGUGUUAAUCUUCCCCAGGGUGGUGGUAUGACCCGCCCUCCAGGUGCAAAUGCUGGCAUGAACUUUCCCCAGGGCGUAAAUAGCAGCUUGAGCCAUCCCCAGAGUGGUAAUGGUGGUAUGAACCACCCCCAGGGUGUAAACACAGGCAUUCCCCACACCCAGGGAGUCAACAGUGGCAUGACCCGCACCCAGGGUGGCCAGAGCAACAUGAGCUCCCAAGGCUCGGUCUUCCCAUCACAACAGGGUGGCAACAUUAACCAAGGUUUUCAAGCCAGACCAGGCAUGUCCGGGCAGCCCCCCCAGCUGCGCGCCCGGAUGGUACGGCCCGCCAACCUGUCCAUCAACCAGCAGAUGAUGGGCUCCAACAUCAGGGGUCAGAACGCAGGCAUGAUGUCACCCAACGCCAUGACCUCACUCGUCAGCAUGACCCCUGGCCCCAUCGUUUCGCCCAAUCAGGUGGCUCCGCCGAACCAGAUCUCGCCGUCGGCUCAGUUGAUGACGUCCAAAACGAUGUCAAUGCAGUCAACCAAUCAAAUGCCGGGAAUGGGUCCACCGCUAAUGUCGCCCAAUCAGAUGACAGCUCCAAGGUCAAGGACACCGUCCAGCCCAGGGAUGACAUCACCCAUCUUGAUGACAUCACCGAACCAGAUGGUGCCGCCCAAUCAGAUGGCAGGAAAUCCUGUGACAUCACAGGGCGGAAUGGUCUCUCCUUUGACACCUCGGAUGCCUUAUGGACAGCAGAUGGGCCCUACAGGAAGUUCCAUGAUGCCACAACGUCCUUCCAACAUGCACAGCAUCCAGCAAGGUGGGUUUUCAGGACCACAUCAAGCCCAGAUGGCUGUACCAGUGUCCCAGAACUCCUUACCAAGGAUGCAGCAGCGUUCUCCCAUGGGCCAGCCACGACUGGGCCAGUCAGCAAUACCUGGUAUGGUACAACUGUCACCGAGACGGGCACAGGCACCGCAGGGCGUGGGCCACUCUGUGCAAGACAGGAACCAGGACUUUUCAAUGAACAACCAAAUGAAUCAGGGGAAUGCAGGAGGAAUGGCACAGUCGCCCUUCAACCAGCUCUUGUCCCCGACAUCCUCCGGUCCUAAUCAGCUCUUGUCCCCAGUGUCCUCUGGUCCUGGUCAGCUCUUGUCCCCAGUGUCAUCAGUAGCCCCCAGACCCAACUUCAUGCCAUCUGCUGCUACGUCGAGCAGCAGUCAGAUGCAGUCAUAUGCUGUUGCCAGAGCGGGAAUGUCCCUACCGACAAGCACUGGAAUGAUCAGUCCCCACGGGGGGCCUUCCAAGGGUCAGUUUGGGGCCGACGCCCUCAUCAGGGACUCGAGCGGCCCUCUCGGGCUGACCUCUGAUUCAGGUAGCUCUCUUGGUGAAUCAGGAUGCUCACAAAGUGACUUGAAGGAGGUGAUAAGAAGCAGUAGUAGUGGAAACGGAGGCAACGAUGGGAUGAAGCAACAAACCAGCUCACCAGAAAGUGAAAAAGAGAACAGCCUACUACUCAAACUACUAAUGGACUAGCUAUCUGAUAUAGGAAACAACAGCUGUCAUCUUCAUGUGCAUUUUAUCAACUUUAUACCCUACGCAAUGCAGAGAGUGCAAGUUAAGUCCAGUAGCAUUGACUUAAUUAGUUCAAUAAUAUUUACUUUGUUGUAGAGUUGUAAAGGAAUGAAGUUGUAAGUUUAAAGUACAUAUUAUGUUCUUUCAGUCUGUAAUAAUUAUAAUUACAAAUUUUACAUCAAGUCUUUUUAAUUUCUAAUUGUUAUAUGAAACUUCAAAGAUGCUGCAUAAAGGGACAACAACUAACAACUCGGGCCCAAGCUAUGGUAUUAUACAGCCUGAAUGCUCCUCACCUGGUCUCAGUACUGAACAUGCAUUGCAAACUUUAGCAGCACGCUCAAAUGUACAGUUAAGACUGACCUACAGGAAGUAAUAGUUUGACCUACAGGAAGUGAAAAAAAGGUUGACCCCGGGAAUGUGAACAUGAAGUCAGGAAAGACCUGCUUAAACUGGUGUGAAAUUAUCAACUCUUAUCAAUAAGAAACUGAUGGCAAGUGUUGGAAUAAAAUUUGAUUAUAAUAUUGGAAAUGCCUUGUACAAGAACACUAACUUUCACUAUGUCAUAACAUAAUGAUACAAAUGUAGCAACUUCAACUUAACAAUUUAAGAACAUGUAUAUCAAGCACAAUAUACGAAUAUGAUACAAGAGGCUUUUAAACAUGAAUGCUGUAACAUCUUAAGAAGAACUUAGAGCUCCAUUUCAGGAGGGGUCGCAUGUUUUGUAAAUUUCUUUGAUAAUGAUAAUGUUCAACAUUUAUACUUUGGUGUAAUCACAAUGGAAGUGAAAUCAACUGUUCAACAUUAACAAUGAUCUUUCCUUUGUUUUGUCAUUGAUAGUUUUCAUCAUUACAUUUCAACAAAACAGGCGAGCAUAAUAAGAAUCAAAAUCAGCUUCAUUUGUGAUAACAUACUGAACUAAGAGAACUCUGUACUAUUAGAGUUCAAUAACUUCAACCUUUAAGAAAACACAACUAGCCGUAACUAACUUCAAAUGACUAACUCAAGGGGUCAACCGCAUAGUUACACUAUAUAACUUCCCGAUGGAUGUAAAAUGGUACCAGGUCUAGCCAUGGUAUCUCUAUUUUCAUGAAAAAUUGUAAAGAUCUGUCUAAUAUGAAACUGAAGUCAAAACUGUAGAAGAAAUCCCCCUUGGGCUAUUCCAUAUUGGAAAAUCAGGCAGGGGGGCAUGUUUAAAAAGUCAUCUUUAAUGAGUUGAUAUUCAGUUCCUUGUACAUCUGUAUGACUUAAAUUUCCCUUGAUUUAUGAUUCUUGUCCCCCUUGCACUGAUUGAAUGGAGUAGCCCACAGUGUAUGUGCCUGUCACCGAUAGUGAUAUUAAUGUAUGCUCGCCAAAUGUGUAUAGUAUAAGACUUUAUACAUUGUGUGGGUUGUUGCCGACAUGAAUUGCUAAUACCCAACACUACCGGGUGGUUUCAGUGAUGUUGGUAAUUAUUCAAGUACCUUCGAGUUCUUGUAAACUGGAGAUAACCUGUUUUUGAUUUCAUGCUGUCGUUUUGUGUAGCCUAUAAUUAUCCAAGAUUGACGUUAAAAGGAUACAUACAGCCCUCUCUCCUAUGGAGUUGCCAAAAAUAGAGAUGAUUAUCAUAAGAGGAUCAUCUCGGAUAUGUUAACAGAAAGUCCAACUUUUUAUUAAGAAAAAACUAGCACACAAGAAAACUACUACAAUCUCCCUGAAUACUGUCUUCAGGUUGGUAAGUCGGUAGACAACAAGUUCUCUGUACACAGUCAUUGCUUUAAUACAGUAACCAAAAUCUUUUGUAGGUAUAAAUGCACUGGCUGUGUACAGAGAUUUUUGUUACCUACCACAAUCGACCACAGAAUGACAAAUUUUCUACCUCUUCUUUCUACAAAGUAACGCACACUAAUUGUAACCUUCUUGGUCUAUGUGCUCAAAGCACCUUCAAUUAUUAGCAAAUUUCGAUCAUGUUUUGACUAUAUGUCAUACAACAAUAGUUAUAUUAUUGCAAUUCUAUCAGCACCACAGCUGUAGUGCUUUCUCACCACUUAUUGUUUUCUUUUUCUAAAGCCAAAUAACACUUAGGAAGGCCUGUUUUGCAACUUAAUGUCUUCUUUUAGGCUUUUUGUAUAAUUGUGACAUACUGAAAAGAGUUUGUUAAUGAAUAACAUUUUCUUGAAAGAUAUGAAAAACUGAUUUGUUGCUUAUGGGGAGAUGUAAUGUUUUUGUUCUGUCCAAAUUGUACAUAAAUAUACAUUUUAGUCCAGAACAUUUGAAAAAACAAUGUAGUAUCACUUACUCUAGUUAUUUCUGUAAUAGAAAUUCAAGAUGAAUGUUGUAUGGUGAUGAUUUGUAUGAUAUGUAAAACGCUUUGUAAAUUUUCUUGUUUCUUAUUCAUAAUGACAAGUCCCUCUUUAAUGAUUGUGUACGUAACUCCUUUUGCUUCUCGCAAUUAAAUGGCACAAUUCCUUGUUUGUAUAUAUCUGUAUGUACAUCUUAGUAACGAUUUGGAAAGUGUGUUAAGUUGACGGUACAAGAAGGAAAAAAGGAAGGCCUUAAGCUCUUGUGAGUAGAAGUCGUGAUUUUUCUUUGUUCAGUGGCCAUUUACUGUUAGAAUUGGUUUUACAAUUCGAAAUACCAUUGUUUGCUGUUGGUACAUGCUACUAGUAUCUGUUUUAAUGCCCUGGU